AGAGAACCAGACAAGGCUUCCUUUUCAGUAGAACCUUCUCCAUCAUUCUUUCCUCAUAUUUCUGCCCAUAUCAGUCCUCCUAGUACUUCCACCCCCAUUCUUUCCUCAUACUUACUGACUGUCGACCGUCCGGUGAUGUACAGCAACAGCAAGCCGAGCCUUUUCACCUGGACAGGCACUUUGAAAGAGUGCGCUAAUCCCAGCAUGGCUGCUCAGUCCAGGGCCAGUAUGGCAGUUCCAAGCUCCAGUGGACUUGAGGUUCUCCUGAAAACCUUGCAGAAUGCUGGAGACGUUGAGAACACCCUGAACAUCCUGAACGUGCUGGAUGAGCUGCUUUCUGCAGGCACAGACAGACGGAUCCACUACAUGAUCUCUAAAGGGGGCAGUGAGGCUCUCCUGAUGGCACUGGUGAACACGUCCAGAUCCUACAGCCCGAACUACACGCUCCUGCUGCCCAUACUCCACCUGCUCGCCAAAGUGGGCCACAGAGACCGGAAGAUUGGCGUGAAGGCAGAAAAGGCUGAAGCGGUUUUGGUUACGCUUGGACUUCUGCGCCACAACUUGAAGAACUCCAGAAGAGCCGCUGCCUGUCUGUGGGUCAUCAGGGUCUACUGCUCGUCCGUUUCCACAGCAACCGUGCUGGGACAGAACAGAGCGCUUGAUGAUGUGUUCAACCUGAUCGUCCCACCCAGUGCAGCGCAAAAGACACGCACAGUCAAGGCCGCCGUCGAUGCCUUCGCUGCACUGUUAAGCUCAAAGGAGAACUGCCGCAUGGCUGUGGGUAAAGGCUACAUCUCCGGCCUGCUGAAGCUUUACGAGGAGUGGCACAUGCAUGACUCGGAGAACCAGCAUCUCCCCAUUUGCCAAGCCUUACUUCACUGUCUGCACAGAGCCACCAACACCAGCCUGGGCAGGAGUGCUCUGGUCACCGACGGAGGCAUCGGCUUGCUCUACAGAACCACACAGACCUGUUUGUCAAACAAGGCUGCGGAGUGUUUGGUGGAGCCUGCAGUACAGCUCAUGAGAAAGUGCUACCCGAAAAUUCCUCUUCCACUGCCCUCAGACUGCAGCGUGUUCAGUUUCCCUCUGCCCGGCCGGCCUGUGGAUGCGUGGGAGGACGAUCCGGGAGCCCACUAUGCCAGCUUUGAAGAUGACAGUGAUGAAGAGCAAGAAAACGAGGAACCUGACUGCCGGGACUUUGAGGACGAUCUGGAGUCUGAUGUGAGUCGGCUGACAACUCGGCCGGAGCCGGACCGGCCACGGGAGCAGCUGCAGCAGUACUCAGAGCUUUGCCCUGAACUACAGCACGACUUCCAGGAUUUGGACUCCGACUCGGAACCUGAAGAAAGCUCUGAUGAUGAAAGCCUGCUGAACGGGGACUCUGAGGAAAAGAUCAAUGGCCGUAAGAGAUCCAGAGUCAACUCCAUGAACUCCCUGUCUGCUCCUGACCCUGAAACCCUCAAUUCCCAUGGCAUGAACCUGGAUCAGGAUGGCAGGAAGUACCUGAAGGCCCAAGAUUUCCGCCGCCUCAGCUGCCCCAAAAGCCCAGAGGAAGGUCAUAGCAGCAUGGUGGACAAACUUCUGGAGAAGUAUGGUGCCUUUAUUCCCCACCACGACCCUCGCUUGUACAUUGAUGCGGCUGCCCACACCAAAUCCAUCGCUAACUACUCCAUCCUGGCCUUUCCUGACUUCUGGGGACACCUGCCUCCUCGAGGGCCAGAGCCAAUGGCUGUCCGGAAACCUCACGUUCAGAGAAAGAAAGUGUUUGAAGAUGUCCAGCGCCUCCUCUGCCCAGAAGACAUCAUCAAUAAAGUAGUUUUUGACAUGGAAGAUGGCAGUUUGGAGUGCACCUCAGACUCUACAACAGACUCUCUGCGCUUCUUCUCCAAGUUUGAGAGCGGAAAUCUCCGUAAAGCCAUCCACAUCCGGAGGUAUGAAUACGAUCUGAUCCUCAACGCUGAUGUAAACUCCUCUUCACACCAUCAGUGGUUUUACUUUGAGGUCAGCGGGAUGGUGGCGGACGUUCCUUACCGCUUCAAUGUCAUCAACUGUGAGAAAAGCAACAGUCAGUUCAACUACGGCAUGCAGCCGGUACUGUAUUCAGUGAGGGAGGCGUUGGAGGGCAGACCUCAUUGGGUUAGAGCUGGAACUGAAAUAUGUUACUACAGGAACCAUUUCUGCCCCAGCAGAGGUCAGAGAGGUCAGUCCUUUUACACCCUUACCUUCACCGUGACCUUUAGGCAUGAGGAGGAUGUGUGUUACCUGGCCUAUCAUUACCCAUACACCUACUCAGCCUUGCAGUCCCACCUGCAGGUUCUAGAGCGCUCGGUGGACCCUCGUAAAGUGUUCUUCAGGCAGCAGACACUGUGUAACACACUCACAGGAAAUGCCUGCCCACUCAUCACCAUCACGGCCUGCCCACCGUCCAGAGCCUGGAGACACCUACACCAGCUCCGGAACCGGCCAUACGUGGUUCUGACGGCGAGGGUUCAUCCCGGGGAAAGCAAUGCGAGCUGGGUAAUGAGAGGCAGUCUGGAGUUCCUGUGCAGCAGCGACCCAGUGGCAGAAAGUCUGAGAGAGGCCUUCAUACUGAAGAUCAUCCCAAUGCUGAAUCCAGACGGAGUCAUCCACGGCAACCAUCGGUGCUCGCUCAGCGCUGACGAUCUGAACAGACAGUGGCUGAAGCCAAAUCCCGACCUGAGUCCCACCAUCUACCACGCCAAAGGAUUCCUCUACUACCUCAACAGCAUCGGCAGAACACCGAUGGUGUUCUGUGAUUAUCAUGGUCACUCCAGGAAGAAGAAUGUGUUUCUGUACGGCUGUAGUGUUAAAGAGACGCUCUGGCAGUCUGGAUCGCCCGUCAACACAGCCUCGAUCAAAGAGGACCCGGGAUACAGGACCAUUGCUAAAACUCUGGACCGAAUCGCUCCAGCAUUCUCCUUUAACAGCUGUAACUUCCUGGUGGAGAAGUCUCGGGCGUCCACGGCACGGGUGGUGGUGUGGAGGGAGAUGGGGGUUCUCCGGAGCUACACCAUGGAGAGCACAUACAACGGCUGUGACCAGGGCAUCUACAAGGGUCUGCAGACCGGUACUCAGGAGCUGGAGGAGACGGGUCAGAACUUCUGCCAGAGCCUGCUGGCCCUGCGGAAAAAUACCAUCAACUACAACAGCCGGCUGCUCAGCCAUGCUGCAGCUAUACUGGACCUGGACAGCGGCCUGCUGGACCACAAAUCCCACAACUGCUUUGAGGACGAUGAGCCUCCGUGUGUGGAGUCGAUCGAGUAUUCGUCCUACAGCGUGCCCCGUAGAGCAGAAGAGCUGGACGCUGAGGUCAACGGGAACUUAUCAGGCUCGGAGGAGGAGGAGGACGAUGACAACGAGGAGGAGCCAGAAAACGGCAAGAGAUGCAGCCAGAGGAAAUCCCGCCUGUUCCCCCACGUGUGCCGACAGGAUUCACUAGAGACUCUCACCAUCAAGAGAAGCCAGUGCAACGGCAUCAACAUCAGCAGCAGUUACCUGAAUUAGAGCCAUGAGUGCGAGGCUCGAGCUUAAUGAGGAGUGUUUGUGUUAGAACGGAACAGCCGCUAGCAGUCAAAAGUUUGGGGACACCUCCUUCUUCUAGUAAAGCCUUCGCAGGGUAAUCUAAAGGAAUACUGUCAGUGGUGUAAACAUCUCUGCCAGUAUAAGUGACCGUGCUGCACUGGGAACUAAGCCAGACACUUUAACCCCUUUUUGUGAUGUCACCAUUAAAAGGUAUUUCAGGUAUUUAUGUCACAUUUGGCCCAAAGAGUUUCGAUGUGAGCUCCAAGCAUCAGCAUGCAAAAGAAAACUGUGAAACAGACAAAACCUGUUCUUCUUACCAAGGAAGACACUUUGAUGAAGCUGAAUGAGACACACACACACAUUUUACCCUGUUCUUCAGUGGUCAGGACCCCC